UCCCCUCCGCGAAACGGCGUUUUACCUCGAUUCCCUCGCGCCCGGUGCGUCCUGGUUUAUAUCCCGGCGCUGCCCACGUCCCGCCGGAUUAUGCUGCCAACUUUACCUUGCGGCACAGUGGCCGUGAGCGAAAUCUGCGGUGGAAACCAACGAGGGGAAAUUCCUCCGCGCAGCGCGCCAUUGACUGUAAAGACCUUUCAACUUAACAAAAACUGAAGUUGAUAAACGCAUCCCCGUCGGCCGAAACUGUGAGAAAGAGUUUGUUUUUUUCCCCUCGGCGAAGGGGCGAAGCGCGGGACGACGAUGCGGAACGCGGCGGAGGCUCGCGGGCGCGUCGCUGCCUUUCUGUAGACGAGCGACGGCGGUGCGGCGGCGGCGUUUUGUUUUGAUUUCCAUGUGAAACGCAAUUAGCGCUCCGCGGUGCUCGCUGCUGUGGCUCGCGCGGCGGAGCACACUCUCAACUUGCCUCUCGCGUUCGCGUCGCGAGCUCGAACAUGGAGCGCUACCAGGACGACUUGGCGCUGAUGGAGGACCUCUCUCUGUACGACGCGUACCGCGACGGGAUGUACGGCGCCAGGAGGGACUUGGCGAUUAACCCCGAUGUGGACUUUUCGGCACCGACGGCGGCGGAGCACAAAAGUACACCGAUGAACGGCACCUCCGUGCUCCACCAGCAGCAUCACACCGUGGAGAAUUUCACGUCUGGGAAUAAAGUGUACAACGCGGCUCCGGUGCGCCCCGUCAACUGCAGCCGGACCGUUCCCGUGGAUUUUUGUGCCCCGCAGAGGGACGCGGGUUACGGCGAGGACGGCCGCUGCACCACGUCCGAGGUGGCGCUGCCCUGCUACACGGGCGCCUCGGAGAGACACCGGAGGUACUCGCUGGAGGUGCAGGGCCACCGGUACAGCACGGGGUCCGCCUUCGACAAACCCGCGGCUCUGCCCGGCAACAGGUGCAACAGCGUCUGCAUCACCAGCGUCCACGACGGCCGGUGCAACGCCACGAGCCCCCGCUCCAGCCUGGCAUCGCCGCUGCCCCCCCAGGAGCAGGGCAAGCACGCGAGCCCCAGGUCGAGCAUCAGCAGCCCGCGUGCUAGUCUGGCGGCACCGGGUCAGGACAGGUACACCAGCCCCAGGUCUAGUCUGGUGCACUGCGAGGGCACCGGCGUCGUGAGCCCCAGGUCCAGCUAUGCGAGCACCGCCAGCGACACGAGCAAGCACUCGAGCCCGCGCACCAGCCUCAACAGCUGCGACUGCUGCAGCAAGCCCAGCAGCAACCGCACCAGCGGCAUCAGCAUGGGCUACGACCAGCGGCACGUGAGCCCGCGGUCGAGCACGGCGAGCCAGUACUCCUUCACCACCAGCCCCCGGUCCAGCUACUCCGACUCCCGCUACGGGCCCGUGGUGGGCAGCCACGAUCUGGACGGCGCGAUGCUGCACGCGCCGCUGGCGAGUCCUCGCGCCAGCGUGUGCAGCCAGGACGGGGGCGCGCGACCGGGGCCCGCGGCGACCUGCGUGGCCAGUCCGCGCUCCAGCAUCUCCAGCCACAGCUCGCGCAGCUCGCGCAGCUCCAGGGGCUCCAUGGGCGCCUACCCGGACCUGCAGCUGCCCUCGCCCCGGGCGUCCAUGCUGGGGGGCGGGCCGCACGAGGACGCGCUGCUGCAGGAGCUCGGAGACGCCGCCGGGGUCCAGAGUCGCGUGCAUCUCCAGAGGCCGUCGGCGGUGCCGGAGCCCGCGGGGCAGCAGUGCGCCCAGACGGGGGGAGGGGGGGCGGAGAUGAGCGUGGGCUCGCCGUCGUCCUUCUGUUACGGGAUGCCCGUGAGGACGGUGCCCUCGGGCCAGAGGCUCAAGCUGCCGUACCAGGUGACCCCCAGCAGGGAGAGCGGGCCGAGCCAGGCGGAGAGGCGGCUGGAGGCGCUCACCUUGGAGCUGGAGAAGGAGCUGGAGAUGCACAUGAAAAAGGAAUACUUUGGUAUUUGUGUCAAAUGUGGGAAGGGUGUCUAUGGAGCCAGCCAAGCCUGCCAGGCCAUGGGGAACCUGUAUCACACCAACUGCUUCACCUGCUGCUCCUGCGGGAGGAGGUUGCGAGGGAAGGCCUUCUACAAUGUCAACGGGAAGGUCUACUGCGAGGAGGAUUUCCUGUACUCUGGUUUCCAGCAGACAGCUGAGAAAUGUUUUGUGUGUGGUCACCUCAUCAUGGAGAUGAUCCUCCAGGCGCUAGGCAAGUCCUACCAUCCCGGCUGUUUCCGCUGUGUGGUGUGUAAAGAGGGUCUGGACGGAGUUCCUUUCACCGUGGACGUUGAGAAUAACAUCUACUGUGUCAAAGACUACCACACAGUUUUUGCUCCAAAGUGCGCUUCCUGCAAUCAGCCCAUACUGCCAGCACAGGGUUCUGAGGAAACCAUCAGGGUCGUUUCUAUGGACAAGGACUACCAUGUGGAGUGUUAUCACUGUGAGGACUGCGGUCUCCAGCUGAACGACGAGGAGGGCCACCGCUGCUACCCGCUGGACGCCCACCUGCUCUGCCACGGCUGCCACAUCCACCGGCUGCAGUCGCAGGUCAACGCCCACCCGCCCCCCGGCUACCCGCUCCACGUCACCGAGCUGUGAGGCGACGAGCCAGACCCGCCUCCCGGGACCCGGGACACCAGCAGGGGGCCACGACACGGCCGGCGCCCCCUCCAGCUUCAGGGAAGCUCUGUGUGGCCGUGUGAGCCCCUUGGCCGUGGCGUCACACACACACACACACACACACAGACACACACAGACACACACACACACACACAGUGCAGCUCCCACCGCAUGGCCUGGCUGUGUCGGGCCUGGGAAACAGGGUUUCCCAGGGGUCCUUUCCUGCCCACUUCCCCUGAGGUGCCUAACCCUUGACGCCCACACACUGGCUCACCCCCCGGGUGACGUCACACCUCCGGACCCCCGCACAUUCACAAACAGAGGGUUUUUUGGGAUGUAGGUGACAACGGACUCUUGUCUCUCCUCGCAUCCCUCUCUCCGAUCCCAUGUUUUUCACUCAGACUGAAGUGAUUUACUGCUGUCAGUACACCAGUGCUGUCACGUCCAGGAGCGUCAGGAAGACCAGGGAACGAACCCACUACAUUCCAGUGCUGGCUGGAGCGGACGGGCCCCAGGGUGGGCAUGCUGUGCCUUCAGAGUAGGCUCCCUCUGUGCAGCUCCUAACACUGAAACGGAGCGCUGCUAAAGGCUAUGCAAAGGACCCCCGGCGUCAUGACACAGGGCUUUGGGGGAAAACUGUUGACUCAUUCCUCUCCUCCCCCCCGCACCACCCCAACGUAGCACCGCGAGCCCGAUGGACCGACUGACAUUCCACGUAGAAGUCUUAGACAAGACCUCGAGAGAUUCACAAGCAGUGUCUUAAUUAAUAAUUAUAUUAUGACAGGAAAAAGAAAAUUUUAGACGCACAUAGAUUUUCUUUUAUAUAUGAAUAUAUAUUUUGCAGAUGUUUUCCACAUAAGAUCCUAGAUGUAGAGUCUUUUUUUUUUUUGUCUUCGCUGCCAACGUGAUAAAUUCAAACGUGAAAGACGCAGUCCGAAGCCUUUGAAGGUUCGGGGUCUGUUAAAUCAUUUCUCCUCCAGGACAUGGAGCCUGUUCCCGUCUGUCAGUGGGUCAGAGAUCCACAGGCCGAGUAGAGGCAGCUAACAGUGUUUGUCUUGAGUUGUCUUUUAUUCUUCUUUGAGUACCUAAUGGCUAAAGUGGCUGUUUGGUAACAGAUGUGCUCUGCAUUGUAACCUGUCCUUUUGUCGGCUGUCGACACCGCGGAGUGAAAAAAACUUUUUAUUCUUUAUUUAAUUGGAAAAUGGCAGGUAACUUAACAGAGCGACAUAAUUAUCAUUUCACCACAUGUAACGAUGGGUAUGUGACCGGUUGUUGUGUAUGAACACUGGUAGCUGUGCUGUAACUGGCGUGGAAUCAGCUGCUUCCCCUCUGCUCUAAAGAGACAAAACGCAUGUGAAGAGUCUGUACAUUUCAUCAUUUCAUCUGCCCGUCUCGUACUCAAGGAGGAAUGAAGCGUAUUGAAUUUUCGAAUACCUUUCGCUGCAGGUGCGUUCCCUGUCACAGUUUCCGGACACUGGCUUUUGUCACGUGAGCGCUGAGAUUGCGCCUGUCCGCAUGCCUUAAGACGCCACAGGUGUCUGUCUGUCUGUCUGUCUGUCUGUCUGUCUGUCUGUCUGUCUGUCUGUCUGUCUGUCUGUCUGUCUGUCUGUCUGUCUAGCGCUGGUCUGCUGUGAUGUCUGCUGCCCUGAAAAGGAUGGCUGCUGGUCCGGCCCGCUCUUUCAGGAGGUCUGUGUGUGUGUGUGUGUGUGUGUGUGUGUGUGUGUGUGUGUGUGUGUGUGUGUGUGUGUGUGUGUGUGUGUGUGUGUGUGUGUGUGUGUGUGUGUGUGUGUGUGUGUGUGUGUGUGUGUACCACUGGCAGCAUACAGCACAGCGACCCCCGCUCUCACUGCGUGGGCCCUAGUAUGAGGCCGCUCUCCGUCAGCAUCACACACUCGGCCCCAGACGUUGGUGUCUAAUUCUUGGCGAUUGCUUCUUUCUGGUACCGCGUCGACGGGCCUUCACACACAUUCCAGCCAACGCACCGGUAGCUGAUGCAAAGGACAUAUCAUCCUCUGACUGUAGCCGACUCCGUCAGUCCAGACAGACUGUUGCCAAGUAUUAUUUGCACUAACGCUGGCCCGGCUCUUGUUCUUACUGUAAAGUGUAACACACACAGGUCUGAAUGAGUACUACUGAAUGUGUCCAGAGCAGAGACUGAAGGCAGGGGUUCCCGCAGACAGGAAGUGCUUUUAAUGUAACCCUACGUAAUGAGAUUCAUUUGAAUGUAACAAUGAUUAAUGUCUGUUCUCCUCCCAGCUGUAAAAGCAGAGAAGGACUGUGUGCCGUACGUGGGACGUUCCUCCUCUCGUGACGCGUGUUUAACCUCAGCUUUGUACAAGGGUUCUGGACAAGUAAUGUGUGCUAUACUUGAAAAAUGAGCCCCCUCAAGACACUUAACUCGACCAGCAUCCCCUUUAAAUUAAAUAUGUCUUAAUCCACCCGUACUACGUCAGCGCUACCUAUGUUUCUGUCACAUAGCACACAGCUCGUUCCCCUGUACAUAAAACGCUCGUUUGUCAUUUUAUCUUCCUGUCGAAAAUCACUUGGAAGGAGACGACUCGUUCUCCGACUGGUAGUUCCUAUAAGCACAUCUUGACGACUGUCACGCAUCUUUUGUAUCGCUAAGUGUUUUGAUUACCUAGAUGGUUCAUAAAAAGGAAACUAGAUCUAUUUAUCUAAACGUGAAAAAGUCUAAAGUUAUUUAAUGUAUUAAAAAAAAUCAGGACGUAUCAUUUAACUGUAGAUGACAUAAUCUGCUUUUACAAUAAAGUGGUUUGUAGCUAA